GAGAGCGCCCGACGGAGUCCGGAGCGCGCGGGGAGGAGACCUGCAGCCCCGGCGGGCGCCCCUCGGGCUGGCCGGCGCCCGCUCCGCGCCCAGCCCGGUGACCCGCAGCGGGGGGCCGCGAGCCGCCGCCGCAUCCCCCCAGCCCGCGUAGGCAUCCCCGUAGCCGCGCGGGCACAGCGCGGGACUCUCCGCCGGGGGCUGCCUAGAGCUGCGCCGGCCCUGCGCUGAGCCCCGGGGGCCGGGCCGCGGCGGGAUGCGCAGGAGCCGCCCGAGGCUGUGAGCCCAAGUUCGGGAGGGCGGGGCGGGGCCCUUCGUCGGUAGCUCACCGGGGCCACCUGCACUGCUGCUGGCCCGUAGAUGGACUGCCUGGGGCCCGAGGGCUUCCCUGCCUCCGCCGGCGCGGUGAGCCCGCGGCCCCUGUCUGGGCGUGGGGGAAUAACCACGCGCGCUGCGCUCGAGGCGGCGCCUUGGCCUGGGAAGACGCUUUAAACCUGCAUCUGGGCUCGUUAGACUUCGGAUGAAGAUGAUGAUCGCGAAGUGGACUUCACAGUAUUGGAACCGUCUCUCUUCCUUGCCCGUCUGGGUCCUGGUUAACUGCUGUGUCUUGCUGGCUAGCGCGGAUAAUACCAGUCAGGCAUAUUACACAGCCCUCAUCAACGUGACUGUAUUGAGCCCCGACCGAGUCAGCCCUACGUUACUAAGGAUCGAUCGUGGACGCUACGGGCAGGAUUCCCCCAAAGUGGAGGUCAAAGGCCUGCUUCUGGCACCAGUGCCUAUCAACGGAGUGGUGGAUCGUCUGGGCUGUGAUCCUCGAACACGUUUCCAUGUUCCUCCGAAUACCAAGCAGUGGAUUGCCUUGCUGCAACGAGGAAACUGUACAUUUAGAGAGAAAAUAUUGCGAGCAGCUUCACAUAAUGCCACAGCUGUGGUCAUUUACAACAAUAUAUCCAGUGAGGAACCUGUCACUAUGACUCAUCAAGGAACUGGAGACAUUGUUGCUGUCAUGAUUACAGAGUCCAAGGUAAAGGAGAUCCUAAAUUACUUGGAAAAGAACAUCUCUGUCCUGAUGGCAAUAGCAGUUGGUGCCCGUGUUCCUCCAAAGAAUUUUAGUCGUGGCUCUCUAGUCUUUGUGUCAAUAUCAUUCAUCGUUUUGAUGAUAAUUUCAUCAGCAUGGUUAAUAUUUUACUUCAUCCAGAAGAUCAGGUACACAAAUGCACGUGACAGGACCCAGCGUCGUCUUGGAGAUGCUGCGAAGAAAGCCAUCGGCAAAUUGACAACCAGGACAGUAAAGAAGGGUGAUAAGGAAACAGACCCAGACUUUGAUCAUUGUGCUGUCUGUAUCGAGUGUUACAAGCAGAAUGAUGUUGUCCGCAUCCUGCCAUGCAAGCACGUUUUCCACAAAGCCUGCGUGGAUCCUUGGCUUAGUGAACACUGUACCUGUCCUAUGUGUAAACUGAACAUUUUGAAGGCUCUGGGAAUUGUACCAAGUGUGCCAUGUACAGAUAAUGUAGCAUUUGAUAUGGAAAGGCUCACCAGAGGACAGCCAGCCAAUAGACGAUCAGGACUUGGUGACUUUGCUAAUGACAACUCGCUCAGCCUGGAGCCCCUACGCACUUCUGGGAUGUCACAGCUUCCACAGGAUGGGGAAAUAACUCCAAGGACAGGGGAGAUCAACAUUGCCGUAACAAGUGGUCACUUCUUUCACCGCAAUUCUGUGUCUCCUCGGAGCCUGGUCUAUGAGAGUGAAUUCUCAACAAUCCAGCCUGCCUUGGACCUGUACGAUGAGAACAAAACCUGAAAGGAGUGUGUGUUGUGGUGUUGGUUUCUUCCUUUUUUUGUUUCUCAUUCCUGUUGUGUGUACUCCUUCCAUGGGUGUCCUUUUGUCUAAAGAAGAGCUGCUUUUCCCAGAAUACAAGCCUGGCUUCCAAGUGACAAAGAUGAAGCUCAACUAUGGUUGUCUCCAAGGACAUCAUCUCUGGGCCAACAAUAUGCAUACACAAAAUGGGCUGUUGUAAGUUGCUGAAUUGGAGUGCAAGUUAGCUUUGUCAAUCCAGCCGAGCCUGUACAAAAGCGGGUUUGCCCUGAUCCAGAGUUACUUUUGUACUGAAAAGGUGUCUUUAUAUAAGCACAUGAUCUUUCCAUUGUUUUAAUCAUGCACAUGUUUGCUGAACUAUCAGACAAGAUACCUGGUGGCAGAGGCAAUUCCAAGUUCAAUGGUGUAAAGGCACACCAUUUUUCUUCGGUCUCCCCAUGAGCUUAUUGUGAUAUGUCCUCUUUCUGAGGGGAACCUGUAGAAAUGCAUUGACUUUCCUAUUGCCCAUUUAACUCUGGGUAAUGACAAAACAGGUUGGCAUUAAAGCUACAGACAGGAGCUGUGUCUGGAGUAUCCAUGAAAGGUUUCAAGUAACCCAAUUUUUCAGUUUCCACUUAAGUUGGACAAAGGUUUCCUAUACAGAAUGCAACUACAGCCAUUCCUAGCGUGCUCCUGCCUAGUGAAUCUCUUGACAACGGGGAUGCGGCUGAUGUUCAUGGGCCCACCAUUUGAUCUUCCUUAAAAUCAUUACACUUCUUGAGAAAUGUGCAGAUAUCUAGAUAGCUAUCUUCUUUUGAUCUUUAAAAAAAAUCCACCAGUUUUUUUCACUAAGAUUUUUGAGAAGCAAGCACGUUGGUAUUAUACACAGAUCAAAAUGUAAAUUUCCUACCCUGGUCUCCCACUGAGAUGUGCAACAGUUAAGUAACAAACACUUUCUCAAUGCUGUGCCCUUUCCUGCUGCCAUCAGUAAUGUGAAUGCAGAAAGCAGAAGAGUUAAGGAAAGCACCCACGCUUUGACACUUGGAGGAAAAUCAGUUUUUUCUGGAUUGUAACAAAAAGUGGCCGGGAAAUUAAUAUUGUCCUAAAGCUUCUAAAAGGGUAAUGCAGAAAUAGAAAACGACUUUUUUUAAGGAGUCAACAGUGUUCCUUUAAAAAGCAGCUCUGGGGAGUAAGUCAGUGUGUCUAAUGCACCUUUUCCUACUGAAUGCUGUGUAACUGUUUAAGUUUAACAAAUGUCAAUAUUUUCUCCAUUGCAGUCUGAGUAACUGUAGAUGUAGAAAUGCAUUUGUGUCCUUUGUAAUGUGAACAAAAUCUUCACUCUAUAUAGAAAUCGUGAUUUAGAACAAGUGGCAAACUGAAAAGAAACAUAAGAAAUGUCCUGCUAUCUUUGAAUGUAAACAGCUUCUGCUGUAGAUGGGGAAACUUGCCUUCUUUUUAUAAAGCAGUCAGUCUUGGCAUGUAUUCUGACUUGAAGUGUGGUGCAGCUGCGACAUAAACACAGAUGUUAAAAACAAAAAAGAACUCUAAAGUGAGGAAGUGAGCUUCUAGCAGAGCAAACUUUGCCUGUUGCUGAGUCAUAUUUAAUCUGAUAAUUCUAGACUGGGUGGUGCAGAGUUUAAAGUGUUUUACCUUUUACAGCUCCUUGUUUAUAUUUGACAAAUUUUACUGUCGUCAACUAACUUUAGAAACAUUUUCUUAAAACUUUUAAGAAGCACAGUUUUAACACACAGAGCAUUGAGGAUAUGAAACUGAAGGUUGGUGGAUGAUGUUAGCACUGUUACUCAAGUAAAAGACGCCCACGAUCAGCAUUUGUUGUUCCUCUUUUAAAUCUGAGAAGCAGAGCAGAUAUUUAUUGUGUGAAUAGUCCUGAAGCUGGUCACCCAAGCCCCAAACUCCUUGAACAAAGACUCUUUUAAGUAGAGGUGAAAGUAAGCCAGUACGCCCUGGUACGGCGUACUGGCAAGAGCUGGUGCACCGUAUUGGGGUGGAUCGGCUUCCCCAGGCGCGAUUUAAGGGGCCUGCGGCUCCUGGCAGCGGCUGGAGCCCCGGCCCUUUAAAUGGCUGUCAGAGCCCCACUGCCGCUUCCCCAGGGCUCCGGCAGGCUCCGGGGACUAUUUAAAGGGCCCGGGGCGGUAGUGGCGGCCGGAACCCCGUCCCCGGAGCCCUGCUGCUGGAGCCCUGGGGAAGCAGCAGUGGGGCUCUGGGGACAAUUUAAAGGGCCCAGGGCUCCAGCCGCCGCUACUGCCCAGGGCCUUUUAAACUGCUGCCAGAGCCCCCGGCUGCCGCUGUUACCCCGGGGAGGGGGAAGGAGGCACUUGCCGGUACAAGGUGGACCAGGGCUGGCUCUGACGUCCCCCAGCCCUGCCUCUUCCGCCUGAGGCCCUGCCCCUUCCGGGGCCAGAGCCGGCCCCAGCCCAGCCCAGCCCCGUACCGAUAAGUCCCUAGACUGACUUUCACCCCUGCUUUUAAGUCUGACUGAAUUCAGGCGCAGUGGAGCGAGUAGGGCUGAUUGGGCAAGCUCAGUUUUCAUCAUUGUAGCUGAGUGAUCAUUACAUGCAGAUCUGUAAAAACGACAAGCUUCCCAAACCAGACAAAGAAAUAAAAUUCCCAUCUUUCAAGGACAGUGUGACUUUUAGCAGGGCUUGUAAUAGCAAGGCAGGCCAGGCAGGUUACAGUUGGCUCUCGCUAGGCACUCUCACAAGCUGUAACGUUCUUUACCUGCAUCUAAGGGCAGGUCUGCGCUACAGCCGGCGAUGCUCUGAGAUCAAGCCACCGGCGGUUGAUAUAGUGGGGUCUAGUAAAGACCUGCGAAAUCGACUGCAGAUUGCUCUCCAGUCAACCCCUGAACUCUAACCCCAAGGAGAAGAGUAAGGUAAGUCGACAGGAGAUUUUCUCCCGUCGACCCCUCACGGUAACUCGACCUAAGGUACGUUGACUCCAGCUACAUUGACUUACCACCGUAGUGUAGACAUAGCCUCAGGUCUUGACUAUGCAGGAGAGUCCAGCCACCAGUGUAGCUGCAGCAGUACAAAACAUAAGCAGGCAAAGCUGCUAUGAACCAUUAUUUGCACUGGUGCAAUUUACUCUGAUUUUAAGCAGGAUUAAAAUCCACUGUGCAAAUACUAGUUUAUACAGCAUCUUUGCCUGUCUUGCUCUAGGGGUUGCCUCAGUGCAGCUGUAUCGGACUGGCCACUGACAGCUGGUACGGGGGCAAAUUUCCUGUGGAGACAAGGCAGCCUGAGCAGCACUCGAGGGGUAACAACUCCUUAGGUUUGAAAACAAUUCUGUUUCCAAUUCUAGUUUUUAAAACCCAGUGCCACAGUGAACAAUAAAGCAAGAGGCAAACUCAUCAGCACUCACAGGAACAAUCUUUUUCAAAGUAAUAUUGAUCCUCUGAGCCCAGUGAUCACUAAUUCUGAAUUCCAAUCAGUGUUAUCUUUCCUUCUGCUAAGUCAGUUUCUUUGCUCUGCUUCCAUAGAUUAAUUAAAACUUGCACUAACUUUUUUAUGUUUGGGAUAAAUUUGACAAUGUUGCAAACUCUUGUGAUAUUUGCUGCUUUUUCUUAAAGCUCCAGCUGCUGGAGUCAUGUGAGUAUGUGAAAAAUCUCUGCUUACUCUUUUUUUAAAUGAAGGAAGCAGAUCCUUUGCUCCAGCUAUGACAGUUUACACCAGCCAAGGAUCUGCUUCUAAUGUUUCCAGGCCUCGUGGUUGUGGAGAAAAUCUGGCAAAAAUAAAUCCUAAAGGCUCAGGGGGCAAAUAAAAACUUCAAUACAAUUUUAAAAAUUAUAUUACUAAAUCUCUUGGAUUUUUUUAAAGCCAAUCUCAUGAUUUUGGGCCUGGUUCACGAUUUUUGAAAACUUGGGGUUGGCAAUACUACUUUAAGGAUCUACUGGUGCUGUAGCUAGUAAAAUAAGUGAGUUGAGGGAUGUGUUGGAGUCUAACACUUGUAAAUGACACUCCCUCAUUUGGAAACUCCAGUGCUGUGAGGAAAGCUAAAUGCUAGUUCAAACUGAUCCAUGAAUGCAUGCUUUGACAUGUGGUAUUGGAAGUCCUUGUAUUUGGCCAUAUUAAGGAUGUGAAAGAGACAGUGUAGGGAACAUGGCUGAUUUUUCAGAGAAGUGAUCGUAGUUUUGGGAUUUCCUUUUUAACAUUAAAAGGAACAAGAGGCUAGCAUGCAUCAUUGUCCUCUUUCUACUGCAGUGGCACUGCAGGUGGCUGUCACUUUGCAGAAGUAAAAUGUAUGCACAGUAAGUCCCAGUUACUUGAAGUAAUAUUUUUAAAGCAAAUACAGGCUUGAUAGCUACACCAACAAUUUUAUGAAUUUUAUUAAAAUUCUUUUUAUCCCAAAUCCUACAUCUUCCCAGUUAGGCUAUUGUAUUCCCCACAAUUUUUACCCAACUCCUAAUUAUAUGGAAGUUUUGCAUCCCCCAAGAUGUUUGUAAAAUUAGGAUUUUCUUGUGUUCGCCAAGGGAUAUUCUCAAGUUAAAAACAACCUCUCAGCAUGUUUCUUGCCUAUGUUACCAACAAUAAAUAAAUUAUUACAAUUGAAAACA